AUGGCUGGAGGCGUCAAGAAACCCGUCAACAUUUUCAAGCUCAAGGACCUAGGUGAGCCCAAGAACGUCUUCAACUGGCGACUAUGGUUCGCCGUCAUCUCUUUUGGCCUCCUUGGCGCCGCUCGUGGCGUCGAUGAGGGCCUCAUUUCCGGCGCGUUCAACUCUCGAGACUUCCAGAGGACCAUCCACUAUGACUCCUAUAGUCUGAUCGACCAGACCAACAUCAAGGCCAACGUGUCUGCCAUGGUCCAGAUCGGCUCUGUCGGCGGCGCUCUCUUCGCUUUCCUCAUCUGCGACCGCAUCGGGAGAAUCUGGGCCACCCGGCAGCUGUGCGUUCUGUGGAUCCUGGGCAUCGCUAUCUUCAUGGGGAAUGGCGGAAAUCUCGGUGCUGUUUACGCCGGUCGAUUUAUUGCCGGUCUCGGUGUCGGCCAGACCCCCGUCGUCGGCCCCGUUUAUGCUAUCCUUCGAAUCGCCGAGAUUGCGCCAGCUUCCGUCCGAGGUCUCUGCACGUGCAUCUUCACGGGCUUCGUGUAUGUCGGCAUCGUCCUCGCCUACUUUACCAAUUACGGCGCCGAGAUCAACCUUGGUGACCAAACUCACGUCCGAUGGCUGGCGCCAACGAGCCUGCACAUCAUGUUCUCGGGGAUCAUCUUCAUCCUCAGCUUCUUCCAGUACGAGUCGCCCCGUUACCUCAUCAAGCAAGGCAAACACGAGCAGGCGGUCGAGACCAUGGCUCACAUCCGCCAUCUCCCCGUCGACGACCCCUACGUCGUUUCCGAGAUCGCAGCCAUCAGGGCUUCGCACGAGGAAGAGCUCGAGGCCACCAGGGGCACCAGCUGGCACGGGGUUAUCAAGGAGGCGCUCUUGAUUCCUAGCAACCUCUACCGUCUAUACCUCACUGCGAUGGUGCAGUUUUUGUCCCAGUGGUCCGGCGCUGGGUCUAUCACCCUGUACGCCCCCGACCUUUUCAAGAUCCUCGGCAUCACGGGCCAGAACGAGUCUCUUCUCAUCACCGCCGUGUUCGGAAUCGUCAAGUUUGUCGCGGCCAUCCUUUGCGCCCUAUUCCUCGUCGACGUCAUCGGGCGCAAGCGCGCUCUUCUCCUUGGCAUCACUCUCCAGGCUCUAUCCAUGGUCUAUGUCGCCGGUUUCCUCACGGCGGUGCCGGAACUGGGCGUGGUGGACGACUACGUGCUACCGGACGCCGAAGCCGGAGCUAGCCGUGGCGCUAUCGCCAUGAUCUAUGUCUCGGGCUUCGGCUGGGCGCUGGGUUGGAACUCGAUGCAGUAUCUCCUCACCGCCGAGCUGUUCCCGUUGCGGAUCCGCGCGUUGGCAACCUCGUUCGCGAUGACGCUGCACUUCGCGAACCAGUAUGGCAACGCGCGCGCCGUGCCCAAUAUGCUCCUACCGAGAGCAGACGGUGGCAUCUCACCGAUGGGCACGUUCUGGUUCUUCGCCGCCGCCACUAUUGUCGGUGGGAUAUGGGUCUGGUUCUUUGUACCCGAGACCGCCGGUCGCUCCCUCGAGAGCAUGAACCGCCUGUUCGAGCUCCCAUGGUACAAGAUAGGGCUACACGGAAACGAGGAUGCUCAAAGGCUCGAUGAGGCGAUUACCAGGAAGGAGGGUGAACCGUUUGGAGAGGUGGAGCAGAUUGACAGAGUCGAUGAUAAGGCUCGCGGGGAUAACCGUGCGUAG